AUGGAGGUGCUUUGCCUACGGCCGGAAACAUAUGAAAAGACUGUUGCUGAAUGCCGUGAAAAAGGCAUUGAAAAGGAUCCAAAUCAAAUAUUUUUUGAGACAGUUGGUGGGAGAAAGAAGGGAAAGGUCCAUGGCUUGGGGAGUGGCUCACAUUUGUAUUAUGCACCACCUUCGAGGGGAGGUGGUUCUUCUAGCUCAUACAUACCUUCCCUUUAUUCGCAAUUUCAAGAAAAAUUUACUCAAAAGACCCAAGCGUUGGAGGCGACACAAGCUCAGAUACUAAGGGAGAGAGAAGAAGAGAGACUGGAGCGACAAAGGGAGAAGGAAGAGCUACAAAGGGAGAAGGAAGAGCUACAAAGGCAGAGAGAUGCAGAGCGACUAGAGCGCCAAAGGGAGAAAGAAGAAAAAGAAGAAAAUGAUAGGGUCCAAGCAAAGGUGAUUGCCGAGUUGAAAGAGGCAAUGGAGAACUAUGGAAGGAUGUUCAGUCAGUGUAGUCAAUUUCAGUCUCAAGACCGUCAAGAUCCCCCUGGCGGAGGGGCUGGGCUAGCUACUUUGUAG